UCCUCGGAGAGCCGAACUACUAGCAGUGCAGAAAUCAGUACCACCGAGGAAGAAGGCUGCCAAGAGUAAAACGGACUCGAAGAGGAAGAAAACGUUUCAAUAAAAUGGAAUACUGGGGAUUAAAGUGCAUUUUGUUUUUUACCAUAUUUAUUAACUGUAUAUUUAUUUCACAACAAAAUAAAGAAGAGGUGCUUUUGGACAUGGUUGCAUCGGGAUCGGAGCUGGGCUGGUUGAAAUGGCCAGACGAGAACGGGUGGGAAAUAGCUCAGACUGCUUUUAAUGGGUCUUUGCACUACAACUACUUUGUAUGUAAUGUGGAGUCACCUGCAGGCCAGGACAACUGGCUUCGCACCACUUUCAUUCAGCGGCACCCGACGGCCUCCCGAGUGUUUGUGGAGCUGCGGUUUGUGGUGCGGGACUGUAACUCCUUUAACGGUGCCUCACUCACCUGCAAGGAGACCUUCAACCUCUUCGCCUCCGAUUCCGACGUGGACAUCGGCACCAACUUCCGCAAGAGCCAGUUCCGUAAGGUGGCCACUAUCGCCCCCGACGAGAUCUCAAAGAUGGGCGAGCUGAAGAUGAACACGGAGACCCGGGUGGUGGAAGGCCUCAGCCGCAAGGGCUUCUACUUGGCCUUCCAGGACAUCGGGGCCUGCCUGGCCCUCUUCUCAGUCAGGGUUUACUACAAGAUCUGCCCGGCCACCAUCAAGAGCCUGGCAGCCUUCCCCGAGACCGUGGCUGGUGGGGACAAACAAAACCUGCGCAAGGUGGCGGGCGAGUGUGUGGAGAACGCUGUGAGUGCCAACCAGCCACUCAUCUACUGCACGGCGGAAGGCGAGUGGGUGGUGCCGGUCGGGCAGUGCCAGUGCCGUGAGGGAUACGAGCCAGAGGGCGAUGCGUGCCAAGAGUGUCAGCCGGGCUUUUUCAAAGCGGACGCAUCCAGCGAGGCCUGCCAGCCGUGUCCAGCGAACACCCAGCCAUCCGAGGCAGGAGCUCUGGCCUGUCCCUGCGUGGAUGGGUAUCACCGUGCCUCCACAGACCCCUUGUCCGAAGGCUGUUCUGGCUUGCCCUCCGAACCUGUGGAUCUGGCCACAGCACCAGUCCUGGGCGCUUCGGGCAAAGUGACGCUGUCCUGGAACCCCCCCGAGGACACGGGCGGCCGCUCGGACCUGACCUACCGCGUGACGUGCGAGCUCUGCGAUGAAUCGGCCUCGGCCUGUGUGCCGUGCGACGAGCACAUCCGCUUUGAGACCGACUUGGCGGACACCAACGUGGUGAUCGGCCUGCUGGAGUCUGGCGUGAACUAUACCCUCAGCGUGGAGGCGCGCAGCGGUGUGUCCCAGUUCAGCACCCAGCGGGCAGUCAGCUCCAUCACCACCAUCCUGCACGACACCGAUCCUCUGAAGGUGACGACCAUGCAGCUGGACGAGCGCGGCCCCAAUAGCCUCUCCCUGUCAUGGACCGUGUCCCGCAGAGGCAAAUUGGCCGCCCGCAACCGCUACCAGCUGAUGUACCGCAAGAAGGAUGGCGAGGGCGAGACCUUCUCGUCUGGCACCACGUACACUGUGCUGAUCUUGGAGAACACCUCGGUACAGAUCCCCGACCUGGCUCCGGGCACUGCGUAUCUCUUCAGGGUCCAGGCACUGAACGCUGACGGCACCCCCGGGACCGACGUCAUGGAGCACGAGUUCACCACCAUGGCAGAGGCUCCAAACCAGGGCAACACCUCAGUGAUUCUGGCUGCAGUGGUGGGGGGAGGCGCCAUGCUGCUUAUCGUCGUGGUGAUCCUGCUCGUACGCAAACGGAGAAGAGGGUCUCACACAAGACAAGGCCCAGAAGACACCUACUUCAGCCCAGAACAACUGAAACCCCUGAAGACGUAUGUCGACCCCCACACGUAUGAGGACCCCAACACAGCCGUGCACAAGUUCACAAAGGAAAUCCACCCCAGUCACGUCACCAAGCAGAAAGUCAUCGGUGCUGGGGAGUUUGGGGAAGUGUACCGCGGCAUCCUGAAAGCGCCCGGGCGCAAGGAGACGGCGGUGGCCGUUAAGACUCUGAAGCCGGGCUACACGGAGAAGCAGAGGCAGGACUUCCUGAGCGAGGCCAGCAUCAUGGGACAGUUCACCCACCAGAACAUCAUCCGCCUAGAAGGGGUUGUCACCAAGUUCAAACAUGCCAUGAUCGUGACUGAGUACAUGGAGAAUGGGGCCCUGGACAAAUACCUAAAGGAUCAUGAUGGGGAGAUGACCUCUUUUCAGGUGGUUGGAAUGCUUCGUGGGAUAGCAGCAGGGAUGAAGUACUUGUCCGACAUGAGCUAUGUGCACAGGGACCUGGCUGCCCGCAACAUCCUGGUCAACUGCAACAUGGAGUGUAAGGUGUCCGACUUCGGCUUGUCCCGUGUGUUGGAGGACGACCCAGAGGGGACCUAUACCACCAGUGGAGGCAAGAUCCCAAUCCGCUGGACGGCUCCUGAGGCCAUCGCCUACAGGAAGUUUACCUCGGCCAGCGACGUGUGGAGCUUUGGCAUAGUCAUGUGGGAGGUGAUGGCCUUCGGCGAGCGGCCAUACUGGGAUAUGAGCAACCACGAGGUGAUGAAAGCCAUAAACGAGGCCUUCCGCCUGCCCGCGCCCAUGGACUGCCCAUCAGCGGUGUACCAGUUGAUGCUGCAGUGCUGGCAGCAGGACCGCUCCAAGAGGCCCCGCUUCCCGGACAUCGUCAGCAUCCUGGACAAGCUGCUCAAAAGCCCCGAGUCCCUAAAGGCCAUCGCUGACUUCGAUCCCCGUGUGUCCAUCCGGCUCCCCAGCACCAGCGGUUCAGAUGGCUCUCCGUUCAGGUCUGUGUCGGAGUGGCUGGAGUCCAUCAAGAUGAGCCAGUACAGCGAAAACUUCUCCUGCGCUGGCAUCGUGUCCAUGGAGCAGGUGCUGCAGAUGAAGAGCGAGGACAUCCGAAACAUCGGCGUCCGGCUGCCCGGGCAUCUGAAGCGGAUUGCGUACAGCAUCCUGGGCCUGAAGGACCAGACCAGCACCCUGAGCGUGUUUGCGGUGUGAGGCAGACGCCCUGACACACGCGUGCGUGCACACACACCCGCUCAUGACCAGCGAAGUCUUUGAAGCCCAGGCCCCCAGGCCCCCAGGCACUGACUGACUGACUGAACUCCACACUACCCCCUCCUCCCCCCCCCCCCCCAUCACCACCACCACCACCACCCCCCCACCCCGAGCUGCAGGGACAGCUCCUGACUGGGGCAGACCCCCCAGCCCCACCUCCACCCCCCCAGCCAACCCGUGAUGGACUCCUGGCGGUGUGACAUGCCGCAGAUUUGAUAGACUUGAUAUCAACGAAUGGAGAAGAGCAACGGUGGGAAGUGGGAGAAGAAAGCUAUGAAAGCUAUACAUUGGACCGUGUAUAAAAGAUAUAUAUUUUUUGAUAUUCUAUUUUUUUUAAAACAUUCUAAGUUUUGUUUGGUCUUCUUACAUGCAUGCUUCUUUUGGAAGAAGUGUAAUCAGAUUAGUUGUUAAUGUUUCUAUUCUGCUGUGGCUGCAGGAUCUGGGAAACCCAAGCAGGCAUAUGGAUGGUAAUUCUUUGUUGGCAUUGCAACGUCUGUUAACUGUAGAGGGGCCCCAUUCACCAAAGGGCACGACUUUUAAAAAUCGACUUUCCUAAGGGCUUGAUCUUGCCGUUAUUUAAAGGGAGGGCUAUUGAAUGGUGUAAAUUGAAAUGGGAUUUCAUUUGAAGCUUUGAAGUAAUUUCGAAUAUAAAAAGCACCUCAAUUCUUCUGAAGAUGAAAGUCCCUUCAGGAGAAGUUACGGGCGUGGAAAUUUGUAUAAGCUGGGAAAUUCUUGUUGAACCAUUGCUUGUUCCAAGGGUAUUCUAGGGUGACCUGCCAGGGCAUGUUGAGUGACGUCUCUGUGGAGUGCGCUGGCUUUAGAGGAUGACUUUGUGGCCUUACUUUGAAAUUUGCAGUGAAGAACCUCAGCACCAGCCAUCAACAGUUUUGGGAGCCUGGAAGGUGUGGGGGGGAAGCGAGCGUUUAUGUUGUAGCCAUGAAGCGCCUGAGGAACUUGGAGGAGAGUGCUUAGAGGGAGGCCACAGACAACCCAGAAUAGGGAAAAAAUAGCACUUACGAGGAAAAAGAACACACACACACACACACACACACACACACACACACACACAGAGAGAGAGCAACAAUUCUGAGGCGGCCGGAUGGUCACAGUUGAAAUGGCAGGUUUGGUAUCCUGCUGUAGCCUUGUCUCUCCUAAUGAAGGGGAUGACAUUUAAAAACGGAACCGAGAGGGAGAGAGAAAGAAAGAAAGUGGAACGGGAAGCUCCAGUUGGUGCCGACUGGAAUGUUGCUGAUCUCUAAUUGGAAAAAGUGGAAAAAGCCUGCAGUGACAGGGCAGUGGUGAUUGCUGCAUCGAGUACACAAGGCUUGCGCUAAAUGCAGGCAAGGCUCCCAGCGCUGGCAGACUCCCCGAGACGAGUCCAAAGCGUUCGUUCGUCAAACAGCAAAGAAAUGUAAAUUGCCAGUAGACAUCCAGUUGAUGGGCUGUUGGUUUGUCCGUUGUACUGCACGUCAGCACAUAAUCAACUUCUUUGAUGAUCUUGAAGAUUAUUGUAGAUUAGCAGUGCCAAAUUGAUUAUGUGCUUGGAGAUGCCAGAUGUCUUAUGUGGGGGUGAAAACACUAUGUGCUUUUCUUGUACAUGUUAACCAUUCCUUGGGCUUCUCUUCAUUCUGUUCACCACAAACCCGUCUAUAGAGAAAUGACUGAAAAAAAACCUCCACACCACCCACUGUAUAGAAGAGGGAGAGAGGACAUACAGUAUACUCUCUGACCCUGGGUGACAUUAUGCCUCUGACUGUCUGGGCAGUCGCUGAGGAUUUUCCUAGGAAGUCUGUCUCACCUCAGAGCUCAGCUCACCUCAUCUGUCUCCAUCGCAGUCUUUCAUUUAAUCAUGAAAGCCAAGGAGUCUUUUACUGAGGAUUUCACUUAGAUAUUUUUUUAAAAGGAAAAAAAACAUUGGUGAAUGUUUAAAUACAGAUUGUUUUUAAUUACUUCAUUUUCUUUCUUAUAUAUAAAUAUAUGAAUUUGUUCUUCACGGUCCUCAUUAUGAUUGUCUUGAAGCUGAUGCCUAACGAGUGAGGUUGUUUUGGGACUGGGUCAUUGAUGUGUAGUGUUGUUUUUUUGCAGUGGUUGCCUCCACUGUGACAAAGGGAAAUAUAAAAAAGUGUAGUUUGUUAACCCUGUCUACCUUUAUUUCAUGUUGUAAACAAUUUCUCUUUGCAAUGUUUUUUUCCUAAUUGCAAAGAGUUUUCCCCACACAGAGAUUACAGACAAUUUGGCGCUCUCUCAAAGGAAAAAAAAAACAUACAACACUAUUUGGCCAAUUGUUUUGUACUUAAUUUAAUAGCCUAUUUAUUUUAUUCUUUUAUUUAUUGUCAUAGUUACACUGAGAUGGGAUUUAUUUGUAAUUGAAGUUCUUUUUUUCAAUCACAAUAAAGUCUUUGUAGCCAAUUACUGCUUUGAGUUUCUUGUCCAUUUUUUUAGUUAAUGAAAAGAAAAUGUAGCGUAUUGUUAAUAUAAAAUUUGUAAAUAUAGCAUAUUUUGUGUGUACUGUCAUAUACCUGAACCUCUAAUAAAAAUCCUGAUCAGA